AGCACAUUUCUGUGUCAACAUUGAGAAGAAUCAGCGAGGUUUUCUAGAGUGUAUUCACCGCCGUCUUUUUUUUUCAUGGUGUGCAUGGCUUCGUAGGAGUGCCUUGUCCAUUUAUCUAAAACAAAACUAUAUACCUGACAAUCGGUCUCUCGCAUCACGUUGAUGCACAGAAGCACAGUAGUCAAACCGCAUUAAAUUCUGGCCAAAGAAGGGGCGUACCAGCACGAAAAGGGUCGCACAUAUUUCCACUUGUUGGGCUCUCAGCUACAUUCAAACCCAAGAAGAAAAAAGAACCGACCAGAGCGCAGCAAUGAAGCUCAUACUGAAGACGAUCACAGGAAAGCAGCACGAGGUGGAGGUCGAGCCGACCGCCACGAUCCUCGAUGUGAAGAGGCUUGUGGAGGACGAGUACGAGCCGGCGUCGCUGCGGUUGUGCUACAACGGUGCAGUGCUGGAGGACAGCAAAACGGUGGUCGACGCGGGUGUGAAGGAGGGUGAGUCGCUCGUUUUGGCGGGACGGAAGCGCAAGAUUCCGAAGCCGCCGGCGCCGCCUCCGGCCGAUGCGCACAAAGCCGAGCUGCCGACUUCUUCCUCUACCGAGGCAACGACGCCUGCCUCGGCGGCACCGGUGGUGGCGAAUAACGGGUCGGCGCCCUCCUCGCUACCGGAGGCCACGACGCCGUCGGAUGCAACGGCUGCGGCCGCCAACGCUCCCGCGCCGACACCGUCUUUCCUCGCCGCGGCAGCCCCCGCGUCGACGUCAUCGAUGCCGGAAGCCGCCGCGCCCGCCGCCCCACCCGCCGUCAAUACCUUCGGCGCCCCCACCAACCUGAUCGACGAGGUCUGCUCGAUGGGCUUCGAGGACCGUCAUCAGGUGGCCCUCGCCUUGCGCGCUGCCUACAUGAACGUGGACCGCGCCGUGGAGUACCUCGUCGACGGUAUCCCGCCGCACCUCGUGCACGAGCUCACGCGCGACACCACACCGGCGGCGCCUUCGCCAGCGACGACGUCCACGCGGGGUGCGCCGACGUCAGCGGAAGCGUCCGCCGCACCGGCCCCCACCACCGCCUCCUCCGGCACCACCGCCCCGGUGCCGUCCGGGCCGGAGUCGGAGCUGCGUGCCGCCCUGGCUGGCAUCCCCCAGUUCGAUCAGAUUCGCGCGCUAUACCUGCAGAACACCGAGACGCUGCCCAUCGUGACGCAGCAGAUUGCCUUGCGCCACCCUGCGGUGUACGAGCUCAUUGAGCGCAACCCAGAGGCUUUCUUGGCCAUCAUGAGCGAGACCGGCAGCCCGGGGAUGACGGAGAGGUCACCGCCGCAGAGCGGGACUACCGCCGCGUCCACCGCCUACGGGACCGCAAGGCUGGAUGAGGAAGGUGGCUUUAUGAACCAGCUUCCCGCGGAGCUGGAGCUGACCGACGCGGACCGCGUCGCCGUGCAGCAGCUGGUGGAGCUGGGUGGUGGCAUGUGGGAUGAGCAGAGUGCCUUGCUGGUGUAUUUGGCAACGCAGCGCAACCAGGAGGUGGCGGCGAGUAUUUUGUUUGAACACGGAGGCGUGCCGCCGGAGCUGCUGACCGAGAUCGCCAAUCAGAUGGCGGAGCAGGAUGAGGACGAGGACGAGGAGGGAAAUGAGGGUGAGCAGCAGUGA